AGAAAAACACCAAAAAACGCAGAGAAAACAUGCUACUAACCAAAGAAGCAAAGGCAAUAAAAAGAGGAAAACAAGCAGCAAAUAUGUUUCAUAUAACGAGGCAGCGGAAGAGACAAAAAUUAUAAAUUAGUGUAGAGAAAAAAUUUGCCCAGUGUGCGAAGAGAAUCAAAGUUACAUUCAUUAAUUGUAUAAAAAACGACGAAAAUUCCUCAAGUAGCAAUGAGCAACAGCAAUAGCAACAACAACUGCAGCAACAACAACAGCAAUAAUAAUAAUAAUAUGAACAGCAUGCCAUGCCCGGAAUCGGAGGAGGAGGAGGAGGAGCUUAGCGGCUCUUACAACAUCAAUGACAACGCCGACUGCAGCAGCAGCAGCAACAGCAGCCCCGCCGUCAUCGCCGCUGGCAGCAGUAGCGGCAAAACGGCGACCAGCUCCAGCAGCAAUGCCAGCGACGAUGACGCCGACGAUGAUGAUCAGGAUGAGGAUGCGACAGAUCAGGAUACGCACAGCAAUUCCGAUUCUGAUGAUGCGACGACAACGCAAUCCGAUCAAAUGGAACUCGCCCAGCUGAGUGCCCAGCACAUCUUCCGUUUGCCCCGGGGUCUCUGCGAGAGCGCCAGCAUUUUUCACGAAUUCUUCUCGGUGGAAACCUGGCAAAUGCUGCCCAAUCCGAUGCAGGCGCAUCUCCAAGCGCUGCUGCCAAGCUAUGCAACGUUGCUGGCGCCAGCACAGGCGGCCGCGGAACAGGAUCGCACCCUGCUGCAGCUUUUUAACGGUGGCCUCCAACAUUUUGGCCAAUCGCCACUGCUCCGACUGCAACGGCAGCUGGAGGAGGGCAGCCUUCGGCCUGAUGUCCGCCAGCUACGUCGCAGCAUUGAGCGUUCGCAGCGACGAGAGCGUCGCUUCCAGGAGGCCGAACGUCUCAGCCGAUUGGCCAAGGAGCUGUUCCUGUCCCGCGAACAAAUCCUGCAGCAGGUCUACAACAUGGCACCGCCGCCCGGCGGCGACACAUUCAAGGCGCCCAAAGCCCGUCCACGCAAACGGAAAACGCCCACGCUGCACUACCGUGAGAAUAACAGGUUCUGUUUGGAGCGGGCACGCAAACGCUACUGCCAGGAGUUCAUCCAGCUGGCACGCGAUCUGCAGCUGCAGCCCGGUGACAUAAGUGCGGACGAAUUGGACGCGGAGGUGGAGGAGGAGGAGAAGGCAGCACAACUGUCAGUAAUUGCCGAGCAGCGACAGCUGCAGAAGACGUCAACGGAGACGACGAGCACAUCGAGGCCAUCGAAUGCGGCGGACAAGAAAUGCAUUUACAGUACCUUCUUCAAGCGACGAGCCGGCUUGGAAGAUGAGCAAGUCCUGCGUGGCAUGCAGUCCGAUAAGAUGCAGCCGCUCAACGAGAGAAACCUCAAAAAAUAUUUACGUGACUACAAGCGACGAAAACUACAGCAGCCGCAAUUGCCGGACUUUGACACUGCUGACAUAAGAUUGCGGGAUAUCUGCACACGUGCCCAGUUCGUGGGCAACUUCAAGCCGGGACGCAAGCCAAAAGCGCUGACAGCGCGUCUCAACCACAAUGUAAGUGAGCCUCCGGCGCUGGUGCCUAUUGGUGGCAACAACAACAGCAACAACAAGACAAAGUCGAUGGAACCUGUGGCCGAACUGCUGACGGAUGAACCGCAGCAGCUGUAUGGACGUGCCGCCUUGGAACCCGACGAGGAGGAGCUGGAGCCGGAAUUGCAGGAGCAGGCUGAGCAGGGGAUGUCCAAGACACUGUCACCCGCUCACCCGCUGCCCAAACUGGAGCCGAUUACGGUACGCUCCAUCAUCAACGCCUCGCCCCGGGCAUUGGUUAAGGCUGGUGCUCACAUCACGGGCAGUCCCACCCGAGAAAUAUUAACAACGGCGACGACGACGACGGCAACAACGACGACGAUGCCGCGUCAUGCACAUGGCAGCUACUUCUCGCUGCUCCGGGAUCUAUUCGUUUCGACGCCGCAGCAUCGCUUGAACUAUGCCGAAUUGCACGCUCUGCUGCUCAAGUGGCGCACGGAGAGCUGCAGCGGCGGUGUGCCGGAUUGGCUGCGUCAGCUGCCGGUGGAUUGGACGCAUCUACUGCAAUCGGCUGUUAAUUUUUUGUCGGGUGACUUUCCAACGCUGCCAGCCGAAUAUGUGCCGUAUAUUGAGCAUAAGACGCAAUUGAAUAUCUAUCAGUGGAUUGGCGCUGGACGCGAUUCGGAUGCGCGUCUGCAAACGCUCUGCCAGCACUGGUUGCAACGACGCAAGGAGGACACAACGAUUGUGCAACAAGCGCUGACGACUCCACAGCAGCAGCAGCAGCAACAACAGCAGCUGUUGAGUCCCGUUGUGGAUGUGGCGCCAACGCCGCCACCACGCUGCCCCACCAGCUGGGCGGUGCGAGUGGCCACCCAGGCAGAGAUGCUGGAGUUUCAGCGACAGGAGCGUUUGCGUUUCGAUCAGCCGCAUCGUCCGUUCACGUAUCGCCUGCAUGGCUACGAGAGUGUUGUCGGUCCCGUCAAGGGCAUCUACACGCAGAGUUUGGCGCUGAACAAGGCCCGGGGUCAUGCGAUCAUGGUGGAUGAUCGACCGCCGUAUGUGACCAUAUUGACGCUGGUGCGCGAUGCGACCGCACGGCUGCCCAAUGGCGAGGGUACACGCUCCGAAAUCUCGGAGCUGUUGAAAUGCUCGCAGUUCGUCAACCGGCAGGCGGCGGAGAAUGUGUUGCAGACGAUUGUCAGCGGUGCACUGGAUCGAAUGCAUGGCGGCCUCGAUCCGUGUGUGCGUUACGAUGCACGCCGCAAGAUCUGGAUCUAUUUGCAUCGCAAUCGCAGCGAGGCGGACUUUGAGCUAAUGCAUCGCCAGAAUCAGACAAUGGUCAAACAGAAGCAGCAGCAGCGCAAGCAAAAGCCAAAGAAGGAUGAGACCUUGGAGGCGACACCAGAGCUGCCCGCUUUAGUGGCGGCCACAGCAGCUGCACCACAACAACAACAAGCCCAACUACCAGCAGCAGCAGCAACUGCAGCUGCUUCUUCUCCUGCGACUGCUGCUGUGUUGAUAAAGAAGCAGUUGCUAGCACAACCUCCUCUUCCCCUGCAGGUUAAGUGUCCGCCAGUGCCGCCGCUCAAAUAUCAUGUGCCGCCCACUGUUGCGCCCACGCAGCUGAUGACGGCACAGAAAUCGCUGCUGAAGCCCACACAACGCAGCGGCGUUGUCACCAUUCUGGACAGAUCGCCCACAGCGCCCGUUCAGCUGCUGAAAACCUCGCCCAAAAUACAGCAGCAGGUGCCACAAGUGCAGCAGCAGUCGCCUCUCAGCUGCAGUCCCGCACGCAAUACCACGCCCAUAUUGGUGUCGACGCCCAGCGGAUUGCAGACGGUGCAUGUGCCUGCCACGUCCACCAAAAAGUUGGCAAUCAAGAAGCCCAUUGUUAUCAAUGCGCCCAAUGCACAGACGCCGACGGUCGGAGCAACAGCAACAGCGGCCAGCUUCAUUAUGCCACUGGAUCAGCAGCAGCAGCAGCACGCGAGCAAAUCAUCUCCAGCCCGCCAGCCAAUGCCCAAGAAUAUAAUACGCCUGCUGCCCGCAGCUGGAGCAAGUGCAGCAAUUGGCACUGCAGUGGCCACCAAACCUGCCGUUGUCCAGCUGCCCAAUCCGAUUGCUGCUGCAGCUGCCAAGCCCACUGCUGCAACAGUGCAAAUCCUUGGACCACGCAUGCUCGCCCAGACCACAGUGCGUCCGUUGCAGCAGCAGCAGAAAAUUGGCGCCGUUUCCAUUAUCAGCCACAAGCCAGCAGCGGCAACAACGAUCAGCGGCAGCCCAUUAACCAAUGCCAGCGCACCCACGGGUGGCACCAUUGUCAAGAUGUCGCCCCAGGCAUUUGCCACACUGCAGCAGCAGCAGCUCAAGCAAAAGGCCCAAGCCCAGCAGCAACAACAGCCGCAGCAGCAACGAAUUCUUGUGGGCAACACGGCCAUUUCGUCGAACAAAAAUAUCGUUUUCCAGGCGCUGCCAAAAGCGUCGCCAAAAAUACUCAGCACUAUGGGUGGACAGGCGAAGACGCUGGCCACCGCGAAUCUCUCGCCACAGCAGCAGCGGAUUGUGUUGCAGAGCUUUAGGCAGCCGGUGACGUCGACAGCAGCGAAUGCAAAUGCCGCACAGACAACAACCACAACGCGCAUCAUACGAACCACGCCAGUGGUGACGUCAGCUGGUUCGAGUGGCACGCAACCAACAUCCACACAGCAGCAGGGCACUGGUGGUCAGAUCCUAACGCUGGAGGGUCUGUUGCAGAAAUCGAAUGGCGGCAAGCUGAUAACGACGGGUAACAACAUCAUACAGCUGGCCACAUCCACAGCCGGAGGCAAUGUGAUCACACUCUCGCCCGGUGCUCAAAUUCAACAGCAGCAGCAACAGACGCAGCAGCAGUCGGGCGUCAAACAGCUGCCGACAACAGCGCGCAUUGUGAGCGCCGGUCAUCAUGGAACAAUGGUGCCCAAGAUCAUUGGCAAGACAACGGUUGUGCCCGGCAAGCCGGUGUUGCUGCACGCCAAGACGCUAAAGCUGGGCACUAAUGCGGUUGUUAGCAGCACACACAGCCCAACGGCAACAACCACACUGACAACGGGUGCAAUGAAGACGGCACAGAAUAUUGUCAUUGGUGGCCAGACAGUAAAGCUACAAGGAGCGACCAUUCCAGCGCGCAAUGCAACGCCCAUGCAGACAGUCAUUAUGGGCAAUCAGCUGCUGCGUCUUGCCACCAGCAGCAGCAGCAUCACCACGACCAGCAACAGCCUGCCCAGCACAUCCAGUGGGAUUGCAAGUGCGCCAAAAACGCUUCUCAUUGGCGCUGGUGCCGGACAAACGUUGCGUCUGGGCAAGAACGUGCUGCUCGCCACAAGCAGCAACAGCAGCAGUAGCAGUGGCAGCAACACGAUAACAACAUCCGCCUCAAGCAACAAUGCAACAUCUGGCAAUAAUCUUGUAUUUGCCGUACAAAAUAAUGGCGGCCAAUUGUUCUUUACGCCUAAUCUACAGGGUGUCAACCUGAAGCCGUUGUCCAACAUGAAAGUAAUACCCAUGUCGACGGCGACAACUGUUGCCGGCGUUAAAUUGAGCAGUGUGACGACGGCAACUGUUGAUGCGAUUGCUGGCAAAACAAUAAGCACCAAAAUGCUGCCCACAGCUGUAUUAAAGACGGCGCCCAAUUAAGUAUGGAGUAGUAAUAGACAGAGGCUUGUUAACUACGUUCUUUGAUUUGAUACAUAUACCUAAAUAUAUAAUAGUUUACAUAUGGAAUUUAGAAUUUUCAAGCAAACAAUCAAUUUGCUUUCCAAUUUGUAAUAUAAAAGCUGUGCAAUUUUGCAAUGCGCGGCGCAGCUUGAUUAAAUCUGUUAAUAUUGUAUUUAGAACUAAAUAAGACCUAUCGCAAAACGCAGACAGACAUACCUUAAAAUAAAUGUUCAAUGA